AUGAUAUUCAAACAUGACGAUAGGAGCGCGUUCUCACCAUCGCGGUUCGAGAAUCGACAAUAUUCGUUUCUGCAAAAUGUGCUUCCUGUGCCGUGUCACUCACACAAUGACUACUGGCGACGCACACCGCUCUAUGCCGCGCUGGCUUCGGGUUGUAUCAGCGUAGAAGCAGAUGUGUGGCUGUUCGAUGAUGACCUGUAUGUCGGCCAUAGCGUCAAAAGCUUGACCCCUCGGUCAACACUCGAGAGCAUGUAUCUGGAUCCUCUGCAUCGCAUCCUGAAAGCGGCGAACAGCGAGUCAACCGUUGGGAGUGUGGCUGGUGAUGGCAAGCAGGGUGUGUUUGCCACAGAUCCAGCACAAACACUUGUCCUACUCGUUGACUUCAAGACCAGCGGGCCGGAGACAUACCUCAAAUUGCACGAUCAGAUGGCAGGCCUUCGCAAUGCGGGAUGGCUCACGCACUGGAACGGAACAGAUCGUGUGGAUCGUCCGAUCACCAUAGUCGUAUCCGGUUAUGCACCUUUCGACAUGAUCAAAAACUUUAAUACGACAUAUCGCGACAUUUUCUACGAUGCUCCGUUAACAGCUCUGGAAGCUGAUGGCGACCCGAACAUGAACGAAUCUUCUUCAGCGACCGCGGCAGAUCGUGAUACAGAUAUGCUACGCUACAAGUACAACCCGAGCAACUCAUGGUACGCAUCCACCAACGUCAAGGCUGUUGAUCAAAGCAUUUCGUCCUGGUUUGCCGUCACUCCCGACCAGAUUCAGGAACUCACGCAUCAUAUACACAAGGCUGAAAUCAGAGGAUUGCGAUCCAGAUAUUGGGGUACACCGAGAUGGCCACGUUCACUGCGCGACCAGAUCUGGCAAGUCCUGCUGCAGCAGGGUGCUAGUGUCUUGAAUGUUGAUGACCUACGGGCUGCAAGGAAGGGGUCAUGGGGUCGUUGGAAGUAG